AAUCAGUUGUCAAAAAUCUACCUAUACAUACACGUACACUUUAAAUGGCAAACUAAAUUCAAGAAAAAAAAAAGACGAUGGAGCGAUUUGCAAUUAUUAAUGAUAAAAUUCGGUUAAAUUUGUACAAUAUUUGUAGAUUAUGUGGUAUUGACAAUCCAUGUAAGAUAAAAAUCCUCGAUUCAUUGAAAACAUCAAAUGAUUCGGAUGAGGAACCUUGUUUGAGCAAAAAGAUUGAAUGUGUAGUUGGAAUAAAGGUUAAACGAAAUGACCAGAUGCCACAAUCAAUAUGCACACUAUGUGCGGACAAAAUAAAUGAUUUCUUCGAAUAUCGUGAAAUGUGCGGAGCCACAAAUAUACAGACAAGAAAGUUGCUCGGCAUACCUUUGGACGUACCAAAACGAAAAAGACCCACUGAUAAGGAAAUAAAGGCUGAAGGUGAAAGUAUAUUGGGAUUGGGAAUCGAGGACGAAGACGAUAACAAAUUGUCUGUAAAAUUGUCCGGAAAGCAUCGGGUGAAGGGGCGGCCGAAGAAAAAGGGCAACGGUAGCAAGAAAAAGGUGCUGUUCAAAGAUGAAGACGAAGUCAAAUUGGAAUUGGACGAAAUUAAAGCCGAGAUUCAACCUGUAAAAAUUAGCAAUAAAAAUGUCGGCAAACGACUAAAAAUUGACCUAAAGAAAAACGUUGAUACAACGCCAUUGCUCACCCUAAAAGAGCCAAACAAACGAGAACGUCGACGCGAAAUCGAUGCCCAAAAGUUGGAAAGACGACGCAUCCGAGAGGAACAGAAACGAGAAAUCGAAGAGAAGAAACGGCAAAUCGAAUUGGCGAAACAGAUUCUCGAACAAAAGAAACUGGAAAAGAAACGUAAGAGAAAGAAUUCCGAUCCCGAACCACCUGUUAAAAAGCUGAAACAGGAGCUGGAAGUCAAUGUCACACCGCUCCAGUUCUGUACCAUUUGCUCAGAGAUGUUCGCCAACGGAGAUCUUUUAUCGAACCAUCUACGCCAAUCCCAUACGGUGACUAUCUCAGCGUUCGGAUGUUCAAGCUGCGCGGAAUCGUUUAAAACGCUAGACGAAGAAAAGGAUCAUGAGUUGUGGCAUUCGCUAUCGAAAACAUCGUACAUCUGUCCCAUAUGCAACGUAGCAUUUGACAAGACAUCAAUAUUCACCAGACACGUCACUUUAUGCAAACCGUUCAAUCUCACACCCACCGUCACAAACAUCCACUGCGACAAAUGUUCACAAGAAUUUCUAACACAAAAUCUUUACCAGUGGCACAAAUGUUUCGUUAAGCCAAAUGGAACGUGUUGGCACUGUAACCGAAUAUUUGUGAAAGCAUCCACUCUGUUCAAGCACACAUUCAAAUGUUCCAGUCAAGGCACCGAUUCAACACUCACGGAUCACGUAGCAAUCACACCACCAAACAGCGACCCAAAGAAAAAACGUAGUCGAACGGUGGAUCGCGAAAGUCAUAUUAAAUCGGAGCCGGAAGCAAAUCUCGAUGCUGAUGUGCCAUCUGCGUCACAUAUGUUGACAUCGGAUAUGUUACCGGUGGUUGUUUUAACGAAAACAAUUUUCAAGCCGAAUCAUUCGUUUGCCAUCAAUACCGACGACAUGUCGAUCAAAACCGAAAACGAUGUAGACUUUGAAGACAAUUCCCACAUGGAUGAACCAUUUCGGGAUGCUGAUGAUUCAGACGACAAUGACGAUGCGGAUCAACUGAAUGGAGCUGAAACUGCCAUUGAUCACGCGGAAGCAUCGGAUGAUGAUGUUAUUUUGAUUGAAAAUAAUGAAGAACCAGUUCUGGUAAAUGGAUCACCGUCAUCAGGUGCAAAGGGUACGGGUGCCAGUAAGCCGUUCGUUUUACCAAUUGUUAUAAAGCGGGAACCGGUCGACAAUUAUGAAGUUAUGGCCUCACCAGUAUACAGUCCAACGAAGACAAUUAAAUCGGAACCAUUGGACGAGAAUGCUGAGAUAGCCAUAGAAACAACGGAAAGACAACAUUCACCUAAACGAGCCAGUCUAAAGAACCGGAAAAGCAAAAAGUCAACUCACAAGACUUACAAGGACAAGCAGCAUUUAGUUCACAUAAAACAAGAACCUAUCGAUCCGGACGAUGUUUUCCGUACGCAUGAUAUGGGUUCGGCAAUCGUUUCACUGCCAACAACAAAUUUACUAGAAACUAAUAUAAAGCAGGAGCCAAUUCAACCGGGUUAUGAUGAUGAUUUCGAUCCGGUUUUGGCUAUGAACAUAAAGAAAGAACCUGGACUGAUGGAAGACUCAAGCUCGUCCAGAAUGCCAUCACUGCGGUUAAUAAUAUCAAAGAAACACGGCACAUUGAAUUCCAAACUAAUAUCCGCCCAAGAAGAUGGAUCGGAUACAGUGGAAACAUCACCGUCUAAAGCGGCUAAAGCCAAACGAGUCAAAGACAAACGUUUGUACCGGAAACCCGCCCUGUUGGCCGAAAAAAUUCGACAAGAGAUUAUUGCCAGGAUGUCAAGAGACAAAGAAAAUGAGAUGACGAGUCCGCAUGAUGAAGAUGAAACAACUGACUUCACCGUACCAGUCAUAGCAAGAGUGUUAGACGCAAACACAAUUAGUGAUUUACCAUUGGUUCGUGUUAAAAUCGAACCGCAAUCACCAUGUCGUUCACCGUCGCACCUAUAUUCAGAACCGAUUUUAGAUGAACUGGCUAAAGACCAUGUUCCUGACUGUCUGCAAGAUCCCAUUGAUUCAUUGAGAUAUAAUCCGUUUAAUGUUCAUGCGACUGGUAGGUUCCAUUUGUCGUCAAUUGAAGGCAAUGCUUGCAAUUCAACUAUGACAUCUGGUACGGUUGGAAUGGUAAACGUCGAUCACACUAGCAUAGCUACAGGCAGCGAGCAACUGAAAUCUUUACUAGACAUUGAUUCGUUGUGUGGACUAGAUGCAGCUGGUAGCACAGAACCGAAAGAAAUACCACUGAAAGAAGGUCUGAAUGUACAGAGUGGUCUGAUCAAAUCGACCGACACAUAUGCAGCCAAUGACGACAUAAUGGAACUGGCCGGCAUGACAUUUAGUGAAUUAAUGAAACCACCGACCAGCAACAACGAGUCGAAUGACCGUACCACCGUGGAAGCAACUGAUUUUAGCGACCAUCCAGCAUCGUCGACCGAUAUAAUAGAAAGUAGUUUCGAUCCAAUUCCAUUCAAUGAAACAUCCGGCGGGCCCACUUUCUCGAUGAACGAAAAUAGUUUUAAAAUGCCCGACGAGACCAAGGUGUCAUACGAAGAUAUAAAUGAAAUGAUUAGCACGUUGCCAUUGUCAGUGGAACCGGAACUUAGCCCCAAAGAGACGGCGGACAAGAAACGCUCGGCCUUUAGUGAUAGUAGUAAAUCAAACGAAUUGAAUUGUACGACUGUGAACAGUCAUUCUAGUGAUGAAUCUCACACGGAGAAUUCCGGUGCUUGUAAUGAAAUGCUAGUUAAUGAUACAGUAAAAUCGACUGAUGCAUUUCUUGCCAAUGGCAGUGGUGAUAGUCAUGAUACGGAAAAUCAACUGCUCAAAAGUCCCGUGCAUGACAAUUCCGACUAUGAACUGAAUUCAGUUCAAACGCUGACCACGUCGGCGAUACACGAACAGUUGCAUAGCUUGCUGGAAGAUAUUUCGGAAGAUUCGCUUAGUUGCGAUAUUGACUUGGAUGACAAGACGGUUGAUUGGGAAUGGGAAAGUAAGCUGUUGGGUGAUUAGAAACAAGAA